AAAAACAGGAGACUGACAUGCAGGAACUAGUGGACCGUCCAAUGAUCCUAGCUGUAAAAGGCCAUUUGCAGAAGCCUAGAGUAGAAGUAGCCUGUAAGCUUGCCAAGCACCUCAAAUACCCCCUCAUUGACCAAGAUGAAAUCACCUCAGUUCUCCAAACUUCUGAACAUUUCGAUGAGAUAUCCUUCGACAUUGUUCUUAAAAUUGCUUCAAUGCAGCUGACGGAGUUGAAGCUCGCGGUAAUCAUUAGCACACCACUCUCUCAAGACACCCAUUUUGACAAGUUAAAGCAUCUGGAAAAGUCUGCGGGUGCCAUCCUGGUAAUAAUUCAGUGCCUGCCCAAAGACGGAAGCAGCGAUUACGACAUUGGAGGAGUUUCCAAACUCACUGUUGAUACCACAAAGCAGUUUGAUGUGGAGGAUUUUGUUUUAAAAGAGUUGGAUAAGGUAAAAAAAAGAAUUUACAGGCACUUACAUGCCCUGACCUUCAGUAAUAAGCCAAAUAUUGAAACAAGACUCCAAUGCAAGCGCUGCCGGGAAGUCAUUUCAGGCCCCAGCUAUCAAUGUAUUCUUGGAUGUGAUGAAUACAUAUUCGAUAAAGCCUGUGCAGAGCUUCAGGUUGACUUAGAGCAGGUUCGGAAAAACUGCCCUGAUUAUUUAACGCGAAGGGAACCUGAAUAUCUAUUCCCAAGGGAGCUGAGGCAGAACUGCAACAUAUGUGAAUAUAACGGUAGAGAAUUCUCUGAUAGUUGCCAUGAUUGCCUGUUUCAAACCAACUUGAAAGCUACAGAUGCUAUGAUUGCAACUUUAAUCUGCAUGUCAGCUGCGUUUUGCUGGCACGAACCGUUUCUUACGACUAUGACAAGCAUCCUCUGAGGCUCACCUACGAUUCUCUUGAACAGAAUUAUUUGGAUAGAAGCAUUUGUGAAGCCUGUGGGAAGGAAAGAAAUCCUGAGCACUGGUUUUACUAUUGUCCAGCGUGUGAAUCCACGACUCACUUGGGCUGUGCCACUCAGUCACGCAGAUAGUAUUAAUUCAGAGCCGAAUCGUGAAGAGAGCUCCAACCCAUGGUUCGAUCAACAAAGCAUCAAAUGUGGAGACAUCCACAGAUUGCAAUUUCAAUUUGUAUGAAUUUUGGCUAAUGUAAUAGCCAAUGGCUUAAAAAAUUUCUUUU